AUGGCUCGAUCAACCAGUAACAAUCAAAAUACUACACAACAAGUUCGUGGUCGAAUAACCAAAGCAAAAAAUGUUGGACGUACAUCAAUUCAAAAACGACCAUCAACAACUCGAAAUAGUAACACGAACAACAAACAAACCAAUGCACGUAAUCGUACUCAUUCUUCUAUUCGUGCUAUUUCAACAACACGUAGUCGUUUGAGUACUAAUAAUCAUAAACGAAGUCUAUUAGGUAGUAAUAACAAGAGUCGAUCAUCAAUCCGAAAUGUUCAUGCACUAAAUAAUAGUGCAGUUCGACAUGGACGUUCAACAAAUGCAUCACGAGGAACAAGUAGAACAAAAAAGAAUUUACCAUCUGCCGAUGCACGAAAGAAAAAGACGAAAUACAUUACGGGUCGUUUAAAUAACAAGAAAAAAAAUACAAUACGUGGCAAGAAUAAUAACAAUAAUAACCGACAACGACGACAAUUAGGACGUGAUCAACAAAAGAAAAAGAAAAAAACAACAAGUGUUUCAUCUUUAAUAUCGGCAACACCAUCAAGUUUAAUUCGACCUGAUGAUGAUUUUCAUCGAGAAUCAAAUUUUGGAACGAAUGAAUAA